UUUUCGUUUUCGAACGGGUCGGUGUGGUCGUGUGCAGGGUGGGGAAGUACGCGUGUAGCAUCUUUGUGUCUGUGUUGUGAGCGAGCGAGCGCCAGCAGCACCUGUAGAACGUUCCAUGAAGCUUCCAGGACGUUCCUCAUGUUCCUUUGUGUGGACCAUCAAGGCUUCUCCACUCGUUGCUGUCCGUACCUGGUGUCCUUGCCUACCUGUUGUCUUUACCUGGUGUCCUUCAUGUCUCGUGUCCUAGCAAGUGCCUUAGUGGUGACAUCACGACAAGUAAAUAAAUCACGUUUAAUAUCUUUAUUUGUAUUUAUUAGUCUCCGCUCACUAGUUGAUGUUUAGUCCUCAUUUUUGACUGUGAAAACUCAUCGCCCCCUGCUGGCCAGGAGAAUUAUUACACCCUCAUUGCCUGUCAACUUUAAAAGUGACACUUUGUCAGUAGGUGGAAGUGUUUCAUAGCGUUGAUGUAUGAAGUACGGAUGUUGAAAGUUGGUUUAAAGGUUAUGAACUCCCAUAAGAUAAGAGAUGGAGUCAGUCAUUUUCAGAGGAACAUGUUCAUAUUAUGACAAGCUCUUCUUCCGCCUCCACUUUUAGGAAAAUUCCAUGAUGAGAACGGGGGUGACCAAAGUGCAGGCCGUGGAACAUUUGUGGUAUUUUUGCGUCUUGUAUUGUACUUAUUUUGUUACUGUAUGUUAAUAAGCACAUCACACCAUCACACUGUCAGUACCUAACAUUGUGACCUCUGCGUGCAUUCACUGAAUAGUCCACUUUUGGGAAUGUAAAAGCAAAGGUCAGAGGUCACUAUUGGCGUUGGCUGUUUGUAAAUGGAAUACUUGCAUGGGUACACUGGAGUAAGUGUACUGUGCAUACCGUGUACUUGUGAGUUUUGACAGUGUAGCGCUGUUACAAAUCCAUUGUUGUCAUUCUACACUUACUUAAAAUAACGCUAUAGCAAUAUUUACCUUCUUAGAGUCCAUCGCUAAGUGUACUGACAGUGUACUGCAUUUUAACGCACUUCUCAGUGUGAAUGCACUGAAAAUACAAAGUGUAAGUACGCAAGUGUGCAUAUUGAGACAGUAAUGGUGUAGGCAGGAAGUUGUGGUGUCUGCUGAUUGGCUGAGAGCUCAGGUACUUUGGCCCUGUGGGGUGAAAAGGACAUAUUAGCGAGAGUGUGUUGUACAAACACUUCAAUUCCUUUUGUAAUCAACAAGCUAAAUUUAGUUCCCCCCCGUGAGGCUGAGAAGCGAGCGCUCGUCAUGUCCGCACACAUGAGAGCGCCGUGCGCACGUUGGCGGCCGCCAUGGUGACCGUGACAGCAUGAGCGAGCUUCUUCUUUGUCUUUCAGGGGGGGGCUCCCUGAGCAGCCCCAUGUCCCCCCGAUGAAACCUCUCAACUCCAUGAAACGAGCCCUGCCUCCCAGGCCACAAAGCGGUGACGGCGCCUUCCUAAAUGAGCCAGUCUCCUGGCAACCAGGAACCAAUCAGCACGCGGGAUCUCUCUCUGUGGUAACCACCGUGUGGGGCGUGACCAAUCCCACGCACAGUCAGGUCAUAGGAGCACCCAUGGGUCCCGGCGAGAGCACGGGUGGUCACAUGAUGCCGGGCGGCGGCCCUGGUAUGGCCGGCACCAUGGGUCCCCAGUUCAUGGGCCAGCAGGCAUACGGCGACGCCAUGUCUAAAGGUUACGGCCAGCCGGUCAUGUACGGACGCUCCAAUGCGGCGUACAACACCCCCUCAGCGUACGGCGGCAGUUACUCUGGCAACGGUGGUGGCCUGGGGGUCCGCCCCCCCUCAGACUUCACGACUGCAGCUGCUGCCGCCGUGGCCGCCGCCACGGCGACGGCCACUGCCACGGCGACGGUUGCAGCGAUCCAAGAGAAGCAGAACCAGGAGCUCAACUACAGUCAGAUGGGCGGAGCCUCUGCUUACAGCACCCAGUUCCUGUCUCAUUCAGGCCCUCGCGGGCCCCCAGGGAUGAACCCAGGUGGGAUGAUCCCUGCCAGGCCCGGACCACAACCACCCUCCAGUGGGGGCUUGUAUCCCCCCCACCCUGGCCCGACACAGAAGAUGCACGGAGGAUAUCCUGGCGCGCCACAAGGCCUCAAACGCACCUUCCACUCUGAGAGUUUUCCCACGCAGCACUUUGCUCCUGCCGGGAUGUCGUCGUACCCUCAGCAACCUCUGCAGUACCCCCCUGGCCCGCAGCAGCGAUGCGCCCCCUCCCCCUCCUACCCCCCCAGCCGCAUGCCGCCCAUCAGCCAGUACGGGUCUGGAUCGCACAACCCGGCUCAGUUCCCGACUGGUGCCGGCCAGCCCAACCCCCCCCAGUAUUACAAGUCGGAAGCGUUUAACGGGCAGAGCAGCCUGGCCCCUGGAGGCCCGGGAGGAUAUAACGCCUUCACGCAGGCGGCGGCCAGCGGGCCGGGGCGGGGCGGAGGGAUGCCCGUGUAUCCCAGCUCACCCAUGGGCGGGAACCCCACGCCCCCCAUGACUCCUGGGACGUCCAUGCCGCCCUACAUGUCCCCGGGCCAGGACACCAAACCCCCCUACCUGCCCCCGGACGUCAAAAGCAACAUGGGCGGGCCCCAACCCGCUACAGGUAACCCCAGUGAUGACCUUCGCCUGACCUUCCCGGUGCGGGAUGGCGUGGUCCUGGAGCCGUUCAGGCUAGAACACAACUUGGCCGUCAGUAACCACGCCUUCCAGCUCAAAGACUCCGUCUACAAAACGCUCAUGAUGAGGCCAGACCUGGAGCUGCAGUUCAAGUGUUAUCACCACGAGGACCGCCAGAUGAACACCAACUGGCCCGCGUCUGUGCAGGUGAGCGUCAACGCCACGCCGCUGUCCAUCGAGCGAGGCGACAACAAGACCUCCCACAAGCCCCUGUACCUCAAACAAGUCUGCCAACCGGGACGCAACACGGUCCAGAUCACCGUCACCGCCUGCUGCUGCUCGCACCUGUUCGUGUUGCAGCUGGUCCACCGACCCUCCGUCAGGUCGGUGCUGCAAGGCCUCAUGAAGAAGCGGCUGUUACCCGCCGAGCACUGCAUCACCAAGAUCAAGAGGAACUUCAGCAGCGGAACCAUCCCCGGGACCCCCGGGUUAAACGGUGAGGACGGCGUGGAGCAAACGGCCAUCAAAGUCUCCCUGAAAUGUCCCAUCACGUUCCGGCGGAUCCAGCUGCCGGCCAGAGGUCACGACUGCCGCCACAUACAGUGUUUCGACUUGGAGUCGUACUUGCAGCUGAACUGCGAACGAGGAACGUGGCGGUGUCCCGUCUGCAAUAAGACGGCUCUGCUGGAAGGCCUGGAAGUGGACCAGUACAUGCUGGGGAUUCUGGUCUACAUCCAGAAUUCUGACUACGAGGAGAUCACCAUCGACCCACUUUGCGGCUGGCGGCCGGUGCCGGUCAAACCCGACCUGCAUGUCAAGGAGGAACCUGACGGGCCGGCACUGAAACGCUGCCGCACCGUCAGCCCGAGUCACAUGGUGCUGCCCAACGUGAUGGAGAUGAUCGCCUCUCUGGGCCCGCCGGCCUCACCGUACCCGGGUGGACCAGCAGGGGGCAGGAGCAGCCCGGACUACAACAGACCUGGGAGUCGAGGCUUCGCCAGCCAAUCGGGAUUCACGGAAUUCCCAAACACUCCCGGGACGCCAACCCUUGGAGAAUAUCCUCCUUCUGGACCUCCUCUGGCCUACCAGCCCGACCAGCAGGCCGCACAUCCCGGCCGCAUGGAUCCCUCCCAUGGUUCCCUGCUCCCGCAGCACGCCAACCAGAGCCUCAGUGAGGCUGGCAGCCCACUGCCGCAGAGGAGCACCGCCACUGCCCACAGUGCCCGGCUGCACGCCGAGGGCUCCUUCAGCCUGGGUGCAGCCGGAGAGGCAGCGGAUCAUUCGCUAGAUCUUCUGCCCGAGCUGACCAACCCUGAUGAGCUGCUGUCCUACCUUGGCCCCCCCGACCUGCCCAGCAACAGCAGCGAUGACCUGCUGUCUCUCUUUGAGAACAACUGACGACCUUUCACCUCGUCUGGCCUCGCCCAUAUCAUGAACGUGCACCACGGCGGCCAUGCCGACUGUGUCUUCAUGGGUUGAUCAGACACGUCCACAAUGGCGAGGAAGAUGAAGAGUAAAAAAAAAAAAAAACACAAACAAACACGUCACCUUCAUGUUGAAAAUCUUUUGUCUGGUUGGUUGUUUUGCUGAGUGCCAUAUUUGAGGUCAUGUGGGCGGGGCCACCUGGAAAAUGAAACCACUGUGACACCUCCCACAUUCCCGUCAACCUCAAAGCUGCCUAGCAGCGGCCAUGAUGUGCGCGUAUGUUCAUGUUGUCAUUGGAGAACGUUCAUGUUCGUUGUGCCGCCACAUGUUCAUCCGCGUACUUGGUAUGUUUUGACUUUUUCAAGAGCGUGCAAAUGAUUCCACCUUUUCUAAGAGAGACUCUGAGGUCCAAAAAGAAAAUGUUGAGCAACACGAUGUUUCAUUUGGAAAAUGACUUUCACAGCAAAUUUGCUAGAAAAGGUGUUUUUAAAAUGUAAACUAUUGCACAUAUUUUGUAACACAUUUUGAAUUGCCAUCGUUUUCUAUUUAUUUUGUAAUCAUAAGUAUCAUUGUACCUACAGUUUCUUCAUUCAUUUGCUGGAACUUAAAACGAGAAUUAAAAACCACUUUAUUAUUU